GGGGAGACCGGCGGCCCGAAGACGGAGUCGGAGGCGGAGCGCUGCGGCCAUGCAGGCGGCAGAGGCGGACGCAGGCGCAGGCAGGAUGGCGGGCGGCGCUGAAGGCCUGGGCAGCCAGGGGGGCAGGGGGGCCCGGGGCGGCCCUCGCAGCGCGGGUGCUGCCGCCGCUGCAAACGACGGAGCUCUGUGGGUCGCGCCGGCACAGCACUCUCCGGGGCCGGGCGGACACCCCGCGUCCACGGCCAGAAGGCCAGGAAGCCGGCCGCACGUAUUCGCCCUAAGUGUGCCUUUCCCGUCCACCUUGGAGGCGGAGAUCGCCCGUGGGUCCCUGGCCCCAGAUGCCGAACUGCACCAUGGGGCUGUUGGGAAGGAGCUCACAGUAAGCGGCAGCGUCCUGGCGGUCCACUGGAGAGCUGAAGAUUCCCACCUCCUCCAAAUUUCCAUCGUCAACUUUCUUGACCAGCUUUCUCUGGUGAUACGGACCAUGCAGCGCUUUGGGCCCCCUGUUGCACGCUAAGCCAGGGCUAGAGAAAGGGAUUAAGGUCUAAACUUGUGUCCCUUCCUAGACAGUGCAUCCCUCCUAGGGCAGUGAUUCCUGUAGUAGUUGCCACUUUAUUAUGGGGGCCUCACCUUUUGCCUCUACUGGCCCUUGGGUGCUGAGGGUUCACUUGCUUUGUUUGGUGCUUAAAUGUUUCUUAACUACUGAAAAUAAAACUGAGCUACGAUGCUCUGUCUGACCUUAUUUUCAACUACAGCACCUUUAAAUAUUCUUGCCUUUGUCCUUAGAUUGGAGGGGAGGUUCUGUGAUUCAGAUAUUCAAGUAGUACAAUGUAACUGAAGACAGUUUAAGAAAUGGAAGAGGAUAGGUCCUGUCUGUCAUUCAGUAUUAACUACUGUCAACAUUUUGGAAUAUUUUCUUAGUUUUAUAGUGGUAUUUAUGUAGUAAAUGUGUAACAGUAAUAAUAUUUUGCAAGUGUAGCAUUUUUCCUGAUAUUUUUCAUCUAACAUGAACCUUUUUCUAAAAAUUCUUCAAAAGCAUUAUUG